AUGAUGGCAAAGCUUAUUGGUGCAUUCGCGCUUGCUGGGUCAGGCUAUCAGCACAUGUGGGAGGUGUGUCGCACACUUGGUGUCCCUAGGCCGGGUCAUGGAACCUUUUACAGAUGCUUAGAUGGAGAAAAUGGUCUGUGGAGUGUGAUCAUCAACCAGGCGAAGGUGAAUAUGGAGGGGGUGCGCGCGAGAAAGGCAUUGCGUUCUGAUCCUGCCCAUAUUUUAAGCGUGGACGGGAGGUGGUCACAGGUGCGUGAGGCAAAGCAUUGCACGGUUUCCUUCAUGGAUCCGGUGUCUCGUAAAGUUGCGUUUUAUAAAAACACACACAGGGACGUAGAUGACGACACAUCUGUCAAGCUCGAACGAGUGGGGUUUGAUCAGGGUAUGGACGAGCUAAGAGAGAUUGGGUUUGGUGUGGCUGGUAUCGUCACCGAUGGAGGUAGCAGUUUCAAGACUGCUGUUCGGGAGAGGGGACUGAAACAUCAAGAGGAUUGGUGGCAUAAAUGUGGUACCCUGGUGCGUAGUUUCAAGACGGAUGUUCAGGAUGCAACAAGGAAGGCAGGUGAAGUUGGGGCGGCAACUUCGUGCGAGGAUCUUUACUUGAUCACAAUCAAUAAACUGCUAGGGUGGUUGCGGGAGCACCCACGCCCGGGAACGACGUUUGGACGGGGUAGUGGAAAGAAGGCGUUGGUGGAGGCAGUGUGUGCUGCACGGGGUUUGGAGUUCAAGGAUAUGGACCCUGCAGAUGCCAAAUGGUUGCACCUGGAACUGCAGCAAGUGCUCCAGACAGAGGUUGGGCAGCCGACAGUGCGAGCAAGCACAGAGGUGGUGGAAGAAGCAGAACCGGGGGUGACAGUGGGACAUGGGCCACGUGACGGGAGUGAAGGUCCGAACGGUGACGGUCUUAAUGGCGGGGUUGGAGCCGUCGAAGUACAGUGGCCGGACGUGGACGAAAUGUGGGGCUGGGAUGCGCAUCCGGAACAUGGGAUACGACCAUCAUCGCAUGCAUCGAUGGUGCUCGUGCAGGCAUGGAGAGGUUUAGAGCACAACACUGCUUCACUGUAUGACGGCACUGUUGGGCAAGACAAACAAGAGAAUGUUCCAGCUUCUGGAGGCGCGGCUGGGAUUGCGACCGAGGGUGGCAUGGAUAAUGAUGCAGCAGAACACAGACCAAGGAGAGGGGGACGACGAGCGCCACGCAGACGGACUCGGCAAGGGGAUGGCGGAGGGGCUGGCAGCGAGAGUGAGACCACGGCGAGGGUGAAAGCGGUUACUGUUGCGGAUCGGCUCGGUGUGCACUUCUACCACUGCAUGGUUCGGAACGGGGUGUGCGCUCGGGACGGGCACACUCGCACACCCCAGGAAGUUCCAGAUAAAGUUGCGUGCAUUGUGGAGGGCGCAACCAGCUCAAUGAACGAGUCGUUUCAUUCUCUCAUCCUGAAGUAUGCCCCUAAACGUAUACGGUUCAAAGGAAGUUACGAUGCGCGCAUAGCCAUGUCUGCGCUGCAUUGGAACAACACCAUGGAUCGCGUUAGCGAGGUGGGUUCAGAGUGGGACCGGCGGAGGCUUCAACCCCUGCACAUGAUGCCGGAGCUUGACGGCAUUGAAGCCAUGGGGCUCAUCGUGGCACACUGGCCUGUGUGGCGCCCAGCCUGCCAGCGUCCGCGUGCAUGA